UCUAGUUAGCACUCUUUGGUUUUGGAAACGACAUUUUGCCGUUUUUAAUAUUGUUCAAGCGAUGCAGACGUACACUCAACUUCACAAAUCUACUUUAAAGUUAUAGCCUAGUUCACAUGAAGGCUGAGCAUGACUAACUUAUUGCUGAAUUUCCCUUGUGGUUGCUGGAUUAUUCUGACAGGAUUUAUUACAUGUUUUGCUCCUUUGCUCAAAUGCAUUGAAGUUGGCAGAGGUGAAAGUAGUAUUCUUUUUGUUAUUUUGUCACAGUCCAAUGAUUUCCAUGUUAAAGAAGCAGAGAAAUUUAGGCAUCAUUUCAAUAGCCAAUUGGAUAACUUAGACAAGUCUUCUUGGCCUCAAGUACUGUUUACACAUGAACAUUUCCUAGAUAUACCUGGUACUUGGACUAUAUUCCCUUUGAUUGAUCAAUUAGUUCAUCUGCAUACUGGCUGGUCCUGGGUUUUUAUUUGUGAAGAGGACACAAGAGUUGAUAUAAAUGCCCUAACAAGGCUUUUACAGUCCAAAAAUGCAUCUGAGCAUCACUUUCUUGGAAGGGAAUUACGUGAUCAUGAAACAACAAUCAUCCAUCAUUUUGCAUUUUCAGACAACCCUUUACAGUUUGCCUACCCAGACUUUAGAGCUGGAUUUGUCUUGAGCAUUUCUCUUGUAAAACAUUUGCAUAACAGGCUGAAUAAUGAAAAGCUAAAAAUUGAAUUUUCGAUUGACCCCAAACAUGAAUUUGCUUUGUUUGUUUGGGAUGAGGGCAGAGGUACACCAUUAGUGGGGGUGAAAGAGUUUUGCUCUGUGGACCAAAGCUACAGUUCAGGUUGCAUCACAAGGCAGCUGUUCAAGUUCCCAGACUGCAAUGAGGCAAUCAAGGAGGAGGAUCUGUUUGUGGCUGUGAAAACAUGUGAAAAAUUCCACAAUACUCGAAUUCCAAUAGUGAAAGCAACAUGGGGUAAAGAAACAAAAUAUAUUGAAUACUUUAGUGAGAUAGAAGACAGGAGCAUUCCAACAACAAAACUUGAUGUGCCCAAUACAGAGAGAGGCCACUGCAGCAAAACCAUGGCAAUUAUCAAAAGAAUCAUUGAAUCACAGAAUCUUUCCUCUAUACCCUGGGUUCUUAUAGCAGAUGAUGACACCAUCAUCAAUCUAAGCAGAUUGCGCUCACUCCUGGCUUGUUACAAAGCUCAACAGCCUGUUGCUCUAGGUGAGCGCUAUGGCUAUGGCUUGAUCAGAGGUGGUGGUUAUGAUUAUAUUACUGGGGGAGGAGGCAUGGUGUUCUCCCAGCCAGUGCUGAAGUUCUUGUCACUAAGCUGCAGGUGCUACACAGAAGAUUCACCAGAUGACAUGACAUUAGGGAUCUGUCUAAAAGCUGGCCAUGUGCCAGUAACACACAGCCGUUUUUUUCAUCAGGCUCGACCUGACGAUUACAGCAGAGAAUUUUUGAGUAACCAGUUACCUGUGUCUUUCCACAAACAUUGGAACAAUGACCCUUACAAAGUGUAUACAAGCUUGACAUCUUCCAGUUCUGCUAUGAAAGAAAAUGGAGUGAAGUCAAAACAUACGAGGAAUUCCAUUGCUUGCCUACUUUCUUCAAACUUCAGGACAGCUUAAACCCCUAAAUGAAAUACGUGAUUUAAACUGAUUUUUUCUGUUCUAAAUUAUUUAGAGUGAUUUAAAUGAUUGAAAAAAAAAAUAUUUUGCCUACAAAUUUGAAUAUAUUUAUGAAGAAAAUAUUUUUUUUAAUGUAAUUUGAGGCGAAAAAAAAACACCCAAAAAUAUGUAAUUUUUGUACACAGUAUCUCAAAAACUACCAAAGAUAUUCAAAUAAAACUUUGCACAUUUAUAGUUUAUUAUAUCUAAAUCUAUGUAAACUAGAAAAAAAAAGAUUGCUGCAAAAAAAAAAAAUAAAAACAAAUUAAUUUUACAAGUUUGCAUUGGACUUUUUCUUAAAAAAAGAGGGGGUAGGGAAAAGAAAAAUUUUGUUGGGAAAGAAGUAUUAUAGAUCUAUAGAAAUAACUAGUUUACAGAGAUCUACAUAUAUUCCUGCAGCUGUGUGCCAAAUUUCAUAGAUACAUCAAUAACUUUUAGAGAUAUGAUGUACGAGAGUAAUUGUUUUUGAAAAUGAGUAUUUAAAGGAAAUGAUAAAAAUGUGAUUUAAAAAGCUGACAAUUCUAGGAAAUGUUAUUUUAAUGAUUUCCUGCUACAUAAUAAUCAUCAUUAAGGUCUCUAGUAUUGGUUUUGUUUCUUCUUAUUUUAUUUUCUGGUACAUUUAAGUUUUUUUCAGCUCUCGUAAUAUUUGCAAUAUUUUUAAACACAGAAUGACCAAAAUAAUUACAUUUAAGGCUUACAAUGUUGAAAAUGUGUAUUUAACCAGUUUGCCUUUAUUUAAAUACAAUAAGGGGUCGUUCUAAAUGACGUCACGCAAAAAAUGACCUUUUUUUUACCCCCCCCCCCUCCCCCUUCUUGUCACAAAGUAUCAUAAAUUCUCAGCCCCUCCCCCUCCCCCCUCUGCAUCACGUCACAAAAUAAUUAUUUCAAUUAUCAUUUUAAUAACUUUCCAGUCAUUCUUUUCAUUCACUACUAGGUAGCCAAAACCAAAGUAGCCCAUUUGUAAGGUUUCAUGUUUUAGUCAAAAUUUGACCACUGCACACCUCUCAAACAUAUCUAACAAUAGGUUAGAUAGUUGUAAAAUAAAAUACACAUUGUCUAAAUUUCCACCUUCCAGUUUAGAAAUUGGUGCUGUGAAUUGGUGCAAAUAAAUAACCAAAUAUUUCUUUAGAUAUGAUGUCAGUAGUACUGGUGUGCUGCACAAUUUAUAGUUCUUAAAGUAAGUAGAAUUUGAAACAUACAGGAGGUUCUCUGGUUACAUCAAUCUCAAGUUACAAUGUUUUAUGGCUACGCCACAUGUCUUCUAUACUAUAUUGAUUAUAAAAAGCCUUGUUUUGUAUUCACAUUCCCCUGUUUCUCCAGCACCUUCUGCAGCUUCCUCCUCCCAAUAGACAUGUUCUUUUUUAUAUCUGUUUUAGUUCAUAAAUAAUUAUUGUGGAUAUUUCCUGAUUUUUUGUUGGUAAUUAUGCAGGGUACUGUGUUAAGAUUACAAUUACAGUAUUGACAUACAGUAUGUGCAUAUUUUCUAACUUACACCGAAAAUCAGUUUACCGCACUACUUAGGAACGGAUCAACAUCAUAUCCGAGGACCCCUUUGUUAAUUUUCAUUUUACUUUGUCGUUUAAUGUUGUUUUUUUAUCAAUAAAAUUUAAUGCUUUCAUAAUUUUAUUACACAUUAAUGUUUUUAAAAUCUAUUAAAUGUAUGCCAAAUACAGAAAUUCAUUGUUUGGCAUUGCACCAUAUUUCACAAAUCCACUACCAAACUUUAUAGUGUUAAUAAUGUUUUCUACUCCUUCACUGUUAGUGCAGGGGUCUUGAAGUUUUCUUCUAUAAUUCUCGACGUCCUUCACAAGAACACAUUUGUUCAGUUUUUGUGAAAUGAUUUGUCUCAAUUCUGAAUGUGGUAUUUUGGUGUCAACCAUCAAAUCCACAGUUUCGUGUGGCUUUUUUUUUCCUAUUUACUGGAUAUACAAGUGCAGUCUGAAAAUAAUUUAAAAAUUGUAUAUAGCUAUUGGAAAUCAAUAUUGACAGGUGAAAAUUCAUGAGAGAUAAUUGUUAGGAGUAAAUAUGCUUUUUAAUAACUUACCAAAUGAUCUGUGAGAUGAUUUUCAUGUGACAGUAUUGCCUUUGUGAUAACGAAUUGGUAGCCAGUAACAUCUGAAUGCCUAUCACUGAAUGAAUCAAUGCUGGACAUCAUGUUUACAUGACCUAAAAAAAUUUAUUAUAAUGUCAAUAUUAUAUAUGUUGUUUUUUUUUUAAUCUAUCUACUUUGUCAAUAUUUUGAUUUGAGAGAUGGGGAGGACUGGGGGGUGGUUCAAUAAUAAAAUUGCAAUGAAUACCAUUAUGGAAAAAAAAAAAAAUCCCAGUCUUUACCAAGUUUCAAACCUGGUACUGCCCCUACAACAUAUCUUUCCAAAAUAUUUUUUACUUUUGUUAUAAAAUAUUAAAAUAAAUAACCUUCGAUUCUGCCGGACACCUUUACUUGAUGUUGGUUUUGCGGCUCUGCCUUGUUUGCAUACUAAUUUUAGCCACUCAUACUGGAUAGACACUUUAGCUGGAUGUCCAUUGAUAAGCUAAAAAAAAAUAAAAAAAUAUUAAGAUUUAGCACUUAUAAAUUAUUUGUAGGGAAAGUAAUUCUCUUUUUAGUAGUCAUAUUAAAUUUAAGAGAUGUAUACUAAUUAUAAAACAUUCUAAACUUAAGGAGAGGUUCAUCUUGAUCAGAAAUUUAUCAAAACUAGUUGGUUGGUACGGUAACUCAGCCUGAUAAAAAAACAACUUAGAAAAUUGUGUGUCUUUUUUGUAGUUGCCAUGGUAAAGGCCGCCAUCUUUUUUUGUUUAUGAUUUGAAAAAUGGUGAGACUUUUGAACAAAUUGAAAAAAGACUCUUUUUUUUUCCUUUUGCAGUAGGAAACAUGAUUCUAUAAUGUAACACUUCAACAUUUAUUACAAUUCUUUUUUUUUUUAGCGAUUUCAGACAAUAAGAUGAACAUCAUGAAAUGUUUUUAAACAAUUUCUCUGUUAAAGUACUAACAUAUAUCUUUUUGUUUCAACUUUCAUGCAAAUAUCUUAAAUGGUUGUAAAGUUUUAUCAAUUUUAGUUUUGGUAUUUUCAGAAAAAUAUUAUUUUAAGAAAAAU